CUGGAACAGGCCGGAGGCCCCGCUCACACUACAGUCCGCCAUACAUGGGCACGACGCCCUCGCACCGUCGCCUCCGGAGCGGCGGGCUCGCCGCGCUGAAGACCCUGCUCGACCUUCCCGAGGAGACGCGCGCCGGGUGGGAGAUCGUCCUCUUCGAGCAGCGGCGCUCCGUGGGCGGGGUGUGGCUGCCCGACCCGCCAGGCGCACCGACGGGCCCCCCUGAGCUGCCCGAGACGCCGCUGUACCCGCUGCUGCACGUGAACACCCCGCACCCGACGAUGACGUAUCCAAACUUCACCUUCCCACCAGGCACGGCGCUCUUUCCGGGCUGGGCCGCCCUCCAGCAGUACCACGAGGAUUUCGCGGUGCAUUACAACCUGACACCGUACAUCCGCCUGAACCACACCGUCGUCUCCGCGAACUGGCACUCACACCCGCCGGAGGGCGACUGGCAUGUCGAGGUGCACACACAUCUGGGGGGCGCGGAGGACGAGUAUGUGCUGAGGCGCACAUUCGACCACCUAAUCGUCGCGAACGGACACAACCACUUUCCGUGUGUACCAGCGUGGAAUGGCACAGAGGAGUGGCUGGCAAAUACCCCACUUGGACGACCACAGCGGGAAAUACUGCACUCCAUAUACUACCGCGAACCCCAGAAAUACGCGGGCCAGAACGUGGUCAUCGUGGGCGCGGGCGCCAGCGGCCGUGAUAUAGCCCUGCAAGUCAGCCCUCUCGCUCGGGUGGCGUACCAAUCUAUCAGCGACGACAAGGACACAACGCCCGGCGCGCGAGUCAUCCGCAAGCCGCGCAUCUCGCACUUCACCCCGGACGCCAUCGUCUUCGCCGACGGCACAACCCUCUCCGACAUCGACACCGUCUUGCUCGGCACCGGCUACGAGAACCGCGUGCCCUUCCUGAGCGCGCCGCACGCGUCCACGCUGCACACGGACCCCGCGCCGACCGUCAACUCCUCCACCGCGCGCGCGCUCACCAACAACCUGCACUACAUCUUCCCGCUGCACAAGCACAUCUUCAGCCUCGCGCCCGAGCUGCCGCCCACCGCGCUCGCGUUCGUGGGGCUCCCCGUGCUCAUCGCGAACUGCCCGUCGGACAACGCGCAGGGCAUGCUCAUCGCGCACGCGCUCGCGAACGCGUCGCUCCUCCCCCCGCGCGAGGACAUGCUCGCGGAGCUGCUCGCACGCGAGGACAGCCUGCGCGGGCGCGGGUACGACCCGUACCUGAUCGGCCACCGGCUCCUCGACGGGGACACGGAGGCGCAGGACUACCAGGACGCGCUCGUCGAGUUCCUGAAGAAGCGCGGCGUGCUCCCGGACGACGGGAAGAAGUACGUCGAGCCGUGGCGCCGCACGGCACGCCCGGCUUCGAUGUUGCUCGCGCGCGCGUGGAAGCGCGUGGAGGCGCUGGGCGAGCAGAGCCGGUGGCUCGAGGGCGUGCAGACUGAGGACGAGUGGGCCGAUCUCAUGGCGCGCAUGGCUGACUGGCAGCGCGAGUGGGAGGAGGAGCAUGGAGAGGCUGCGGUGGCCCUCGAUUUCCACGUCGAGUGAGUUAUGUAUCAACGUGUUCAUGUAUCCAUUUGGGAUUCUUCAUUGUAUAGUUUC